AUGCUCAUCCUACAGCUACUGCACUUACUACUGCUGACUGCUGCUUCAACUGCUGCUGCUUUAAUUACUACCACAGCCACUAAAAUCACAGCCACCACAACCUGUGUAACAGUUACAAAUAGAAAACAGAUUAGACUCAAUAAAUUUAGCUACAAUUGCAGCAUUCGCAAAUGCAUUCAAGACAUCAACAACAACAAUAACAACAAAAAUAAGAAUAAUAACAACAGUCGAAACAACAACAUUAUUAUCAUUGACGAUACCAUUUUUAAAACUUAUCGUGCAAGCUUUAAUGACAAUAACAAUAGUAGCAAUAACAAUAGUAUCAUUAAAAAUAAUUCUGACAAUAAUAACAAUAAUAAUAAUAAUAAUAAUAAUAACAAUAAUAAUAAUAACAAUAAUAAUAAUCGUAACAUCAACAAUCUUAACAACAUUGGAACCUAUAUCGAAGACAAUGUCAUCUACACAAAACGAAACAUCAGCAACAAUAAUAGCAUCAACAACAAUAAUAAUAAUAACAUCAACAACAAUAAUAAUAAUAAUCCAAGUAAAAAUAAUAAUAACAUCAAAAAUUACAACAAUAACAACAAUAAUAAUCACAUUAAUAAUAGCAGCAAUGACGAUGAUGAUAAAAAUAAUGAUGAUGGUGAUGGUGGAGAAGACCACACAAAAAGUUAUUGCAGCGACAUCAACAACAACAACAUUAACAACAACAACAACAACAACAACAACAAUAAUAAUAAUAAUAAUAACAACAACAAUAAUAAUAAUAACAACAACAACAAAAACAACAGUCAUUCAUUGUUUGUUAAGAGCCAGUUAGCAAACCACAAUAGCACUAAGUUGUCUGAAACUAAAAAAAACAAUAAUAAAGUUUUAAAUAAUAAUUUAAAUGAUAAUGCUAAUAACACUACUACUACUACUACUACUACUACUACUACUGCUACUACAACUACUACUGCUACUACAACUACUACUACUGCUACUACAACUACUACUACCGCUGAUACUGCUACUACUGCUGCUGCUGCUACUACUACUACUGCUGCUGCUGCUACUACUGCUGCUACUACGACAACUGCGGCUGCUACUACUACUACUACUGCUACUACUAUUAACAGCAAUAGAAAUAUUAAUACCCAUGAUGAUAAUAACUACAGCAACAACAGCAAUUAUGUCAUACAAAUACGUUCACACAACCAGAUCGUUUUUAGUCUCAAUAACAACGACAACAACAGCAGCAACAACAACAACAACAACAACAAUAACAUCAACAACAACGACAACCACAACAGCAACAACAACAACGUUAAUAACAAUGUCAAUAACAUCAUCAACAACAACAAUAACAAUAAUAACAAUAACAAUUAUAACAAUAAUAAUAAUAAAAACAGCAACAACGUCGUCAUCAUCACCAUCACUGAACCAAGGUGCUCUUCCUCUGACAAAUCAGAAAUCAGGAAAUACUCUCCCGACUUCCUAUUGGCUCUCAGACAGACUCCACCCUCCCUUGUUAAGCCAACUAAUCUGCCGACUAUACCUGGAAUUGUUUUAAUGCAGCAGCACAUGGUUUUUAACAAGUUGCGCGCGUUACUGAACAAGAUCUCGACGAAAAACUUUGAGAGCAUAUGCCAGCAGAUCCAACUACAUCUGAACCAGAUCAGCAGCGAGCACCUUAUGAAGUCUUGCAUAAAUAUCCUCUUUGAUAAGGCAAUAACAGAAAUCAACUUCUCAGAACUCUACGCAAAGUUGGCCAGAAAAUUUGCGACGGACGACUCAGCAACAUGGGCAGAGAAGAGCGAGGAGGAAACUGAAAUUAUCAAAAAAUCAAAAACGCUCGGAAAUAUAAGGUUCAUAGGCGAGUUGUACAGACAGGAUAUGAUUCAGGAGGCAGCCAUCCAUCAAUGUAUCGUCGACCUUCUAAAGUCGGGUCGAGAUGAGAGUCGGCUGGAGAGUCUCUGUCGUUUGCUAACUACAGUCGGGGUGAAAAUUGAUUUGUGUCAAUCAAAGUUCUUGAUGGACCAGUACUUCAAGAGGUUGAAGGACAUAUCGAGCAGAAGAUAUUUGUCCGCCAGGUUAAAGUUCAUGAUCAAAGACGUCCUUGAACUUAGAGAGUGUCUUUUUGACAGAAUUAACACCAGCACUAACAACAAGAACAAUAAUAGCAACAUUCACAACAAUAAUAAUAUUUUGUACAGUAAAACCAGAACAGAUGAAAUUAGCAUGAAUUUAAAUGUUGUUGCUAUAAAAAUUUUGCAAAGAGAUAAAACUAAAUCAUUUGAAUUCUUAAAUAACAACAACAACAACAAAAACAACAUAAACAUCAUCAACAACAACAUCAACAACAACAUCAAUAUUAUCGGUGACAUUAACAAAACUAAAAAUAGCAACAUCAACACUAAAAUACUCAGCCCUAAUGUCAACAACAGCAGCAACAACAUCAUCAACAACAACAUCAACAACAACACCAACAACAACAUCAACAACUUCAACAACAACAACAGCAUCAACAACAACAACAACGUUAAUGACAUCAACAACAACAACAAAAUGAAAAUAACUCGCGAGAAAUUGCAACAAAAAUGCUCUGACUUCUUCAAAGAGUAUCUAUUGAUCCGAAAUUUAAAAGAGGCGGAGUUAUUUUUCAACGAAAUGGGCACACAUCACGUAGAAUGUGUGGAGAGGAUGAUGACCGAAUGUCUGGAAAGAUCGAGGAAUGACAGGAUGGCGAUGAGUGAGUUACUCAUUCAUCUGCUAUCAAGAGAUGAAGAAGAUAACGAUGCUGACGAUGAUGCUGCUGAUGCUGACGAUGGCAGUGGCCAUAAUUCACCCAAUUCAUCAACACCUCUCUGCAUUAAUACAUUCGUGGAAAGUUUGAAGAAAAUCUUUGAAGCAUCGGAUGACUUGGAAAUUGACAUACCGAAAUUUUGGUUGUACAUGGCAGAAAUCUUGCUGGAGAUUCUAACUAAGAACAUUGCUGAUGUUAUGAAUGUAAUUUUCAACAACAACAGCAACAGCAGCAACAACAACAAUAACAACAACAAAAAUUAUGGUGACGAUAUGAAAAAAUGGAAGAAGAUUUUUUGCCAUAUUGUUAAUGAGAUGAGAUUUUCUAAUGUAGCUAGUGCAAGAGAACAAGAUAUGGAGAUAUAUGAGAAAAGAAAGGGGCACAAGCAACUAGACGAGCAGCAGAGUUAA